AAAACCUCUCAUCUGCUGUCAACUUCAGACUCGCUAAGUUGUCUGGCCACCGACACAGCCAUAUUAAGGACACGGCUUCCACCAGCUACGAAGGAUCUAAAAGCUCAUGAACAGUCAUCCCCUUUCCUCCCAUCUGCUGGUGCCGAGGCUCGCUCACCAAUAUGGAGCUUUUCAAGACUCCCGAUCACACAGUCGUUGGUGCGUCAUUCCUCAUGGAGUACAGAACGCCGGGCCAUUAAGCUUUUUACUCAGCUUCUCCGCAUCGCUCAGUCGGCCCAUUCAUCAACUCGCCUACAAUGGCAAACCUCGACAGUUUCUGCCGCUGUGACGCCGACCAUCGCCACCUCGGGGCAUGCCUUCGGCUCAGCUGCCUCGAGAACUUGUGGAGGGAGCGAUACCACCUGGUUGCAAGGCGGUGAACGCAACGAGGCCGUUUUAACGAUGACGGCAGCAGUUACGAUGGGCAACGUAGCGCCUGACGUGGCAGGCUUUGCGGAAACUGAACCCUUUGCGCCACGAGUCUACAGCCUGACUGGAGGUUCUGCGAUGGCAGGCUCGGCCAACCUAUCUUCUGCCCCGCUGGGCGGUCGAGGACGCUGGCCCAAGCAGGUGGCCCACACCAAGCCACUGGGCUUGAGUGAAACCAGCUCGGAUGAGGUGGGAGUCGAGCAAGAGGAUUGCCGACCACGCGUAGGAAUCAAUUUGGGCAUACGUAAGUGA